AAACCUUGUGGCCAGCCCCAUCUUUCUAGAAGGAUUUUGCAGAAGGAUUUUGCUUGGCAUCAAGGAACAGUGCAAACUAGAAGAAACCCCCGUCAUCAGCGACCUCUCCCCAACGGCGCCGACGAUGGCGCAACAGCAGACGCAGCUAACCACUGGCUCGGGCAUCCUGGAUGCCGUCCCGCUCUUCGUCGUCAUCCUCCUCGCGGCCCACGUCCUGGCCCUCGUGUUCUGGAUGUACAAGCUGGCUUCCGAGAAGCAACCACCCCGGAGGAAGACACAGUGACGGCGCCGAUCUACGCCAUCGGCGAUCCUUCGCUAGCCUCUUUAUCGGAGGCACUCGCGUUGGGGUCGCUCAUCGACGACAAGAAGAAACUUGGUGACUGCCAGUUCGACCUCUAGAAACAGUCCUACAUGGCCGCAUGUGCCGCUAUGUAUGACAAGCUCCGGCGCAGCUGCCGCUUGGACGCGGUGCAGAGCGGCUGCUCUGCGCUGUCCAUCGUCAAGCAGGGGGGCCUCAUGGUCGUCGCCAACGUCGACGACUCAUCGGGUUGUUCUGGACACCGCAUCGACGACAACGUCAUCACGUCGUCCAGCUCAUCGUUCACCUGAAGCUCAACCUGUCACGUAAGUCGCUACUGUCUGGCCAUGAAUUCUUGUGCGUUGAGACGAUGGUCGUUGCUGACGUUGUAUGAGUGUCCUCGAACACGAUAUAUGUAGAGGAGUAGCGCAUCCGGUGGUGCAACGGCCAGGGGUACUACCUUACUGAUGAGUCUGGGGUGCACUUCGUUUUACAGCCCAGCCAAGAGUCAUCAGUACUCGGUAUGUCACGCGCGUUCGACGACUACUAUAUCGAGGACUGUGGUGUCAUCUUAGCGCCAUAGGUGACGCAGAGGAGGACCGACAACAAUGACCAGUUCGUCAUCCUCGCCACCGUUGGGGUAGCUUUUGUGCCGGCUUGCCUUUAAUUCUCUUCGCAAACACACACUUGUCUUUUUGUUUAAGCAAAAGAGUAUGGUGGUACGUGUCUGAUGACUAACGAUGUACGAGGGAAUUUUUUUCGGUAUGUGUGGAACGUGUUAUCUAAUGAUGAGACCAUGCAAAUCGUGACAUAAA